ACAACAUUACAUUCUUCUUAGUGGCAGGAAGAACUGUGCAGAACGGCUUUAGGCAACUAUAACAAGCAUCUCAGAGAAAAUGGAGCAGAGACUCAAAGUCAGUCUGCUGUUUUUUAUUGUGGUUUUGGCCAUACUCGUUUAUUCCAAUCCCAUCAAUGGCUUUAAUCUGGAUCUCAACAACUACACAGUCUUCUCUGGGCCUGAGGACAGCUACUUUGGGUUCUCAGUUGACUUUUAUCAGUCCAGCAGCAAACGUAUAAGUGUGGUGGUUGGAGCACCCAGAGCAAACACCAGCCAGCCGGGGAUCUCUCGUGGUGGUUCUGUCUUCAUGUGUCCCUGGACAUCAAGUGGAGAAUCGUGUCAAACUUUAAACUUUGACCAAAAAGGUGAUGAAAACAUAAAAUUAGGUAAAAUGCUUCUAAUGGCCCACAAGUCCAACCAGUGGUUGGGUGCUUCAGUCCGAACCUACAAAAACUACAUCUUGGCCUGUGCUCCCAUGUUCCACUGGAACGUGCUUACGGAUAAAGAGGAAGCCAUGAACACACCUGUUGGGAACUGCCAGCUUUUGGACACGCAAACAGGAGAGGUGGCAAACUACGCCCCCUGCAGGGAACUUCACGUAGAGGCCAUUUACUCCAGUGGCUAUCCUGACAGACGUUACUGUGAGGCUGGAUUUACCACAGAUAUCACAGAGGUUACUUGCUUCUCUUUUAAUGACAGUGGAGUUUGAAUUUUUAAAUCCAUU